GGUGCGGGAGGGUGCGGGGUGCGGGCCCGCUGCUGCUGUCCAGCUCCUUGCGGUCCCCGAGGCCCCUCCGUCCCACCGGCGCCAUGGGCAAUUGCCACACGGUGGGGCCCAACGAGGCGCUGGUGGUUUCAGGGGGCUGCUGUGGUUCCGACUACAAGCAGUACGUGUUUGGCGGCUGGGCCUGGGCCUGGUGGUGUAUCUCCGACACUCAGAGGAUUUCCCUAGAGAUUAUGACGUUGCAGCCCCGCUGCGAGGACGUAGAGACGGCCGAGGGGGUAGCUUUAACUGUGACGGGUGUCGCCCAGGUGAAGAUCAUGACGGAGAAGGAGCUCCUGGCCGUGGCCUGUGAGCAGUUCCUGGGCAAGAACGUGCAGGACAUCAAGAACGUUGUCCUGCAGACCCUGGAGGGGCACCUGCGUUCCAUCCUUGGCACACUGACCGUGGAGCAGAUUUAUCAGGACCGGGACCAGUUUGCCAAGCUGGUGCGAGAGGUGGCAGCCCCUGACGUUGGCCGGAUGGGCAUCGAGAUCCUCAGCUUCACCAUCAAGGAUGUGUAUGACAAAGUGGACUAUCUGAGCUCCCUGGGCAAGACGCAGACAGCUGUGGUGCAGAGGGAUGCUGACAUCGGCGUGGCCGAGGCCGAGCGGGAUGCAGGCAUCCGGGAAGCCGAGUGCAAGAAGGAGAUGCUGGACGUGAAAUUUAUGGCAGACACCAAGAUUGCCGACUCCAAGCGAGCCUUUGAGCUGCAGAAGUCGGCCUUCAGUGAGGAGGUCAACGUCAAGACAGCCGAGGCCCAGCUGGCCUAUGAGCUGCAAGGGGCCCGCGAGCAGCAGAAGAUCCGGCAGGAGGAGAUCGAGAUCGAGGUCGUGCAGCGCAAGAAGCAGAUUGCGGUGGAGGCGCAGGAGAUCCUGCGCACUGACAAGGAGCUCAUUGCCACCGUGCGCCGCCCGGCCGAGGCUGAGGCCCACCGGAUACAACAGAUCGCCGAGGGUGAAAAGGUGAAGCAGGUCCUCUUGGCGCAGGCAGAGGCUGAGAAGAUCCGCAAAAUCGGGGAGGCCGAGGCGGCAGUCAUUGAGGCAAUGGGCAAGGCAGAGGCCGAGCGGAUGAAACUCAAAGCCGAGGCCUACCAGAAAUACGGGGAUGCAGCCAAGAUGGCCUUGGUGCUGGAGGCCCUGCCCCAGAUUGCUGCCAAAAUCGCCGCCCCACUGACCAAAGUCGACGAGAUCGUGGUCCUCAGUGGGGACAACAGCAAGGUGACAUCAGAGGUGAACCGACUGCUGGCAGAGCUGCCUGCCUCUGUGCACGCCCUCACAGGCGUGGACCUGGCUAAGAUACCCCUGAUCAAGAAGGCCACCAGUGCGCAGGUGUGAGGCUCCAGCAGGCCCAUGGCCUUCGGCCGCCUCCGGCCCCUCCCUCCAGCACCUGUUUUAAUUGCACAGGGACAACGGGAACGUUACUGACUCUGGUGCCUUAUUUUGUAGGGACCAGGAGUGCUGUGUGUUCAGGCCAUCUCUGUCUGUCCUCCCUCCUCUUCCUCUCCACUACCCCACACCCCCACUUUCACUGCCAUAUUCAUCUGGUUUUUUCUCUUUUACCUUCAUCUUCCUGUUGGUCUCUGUCCGUCUGUCUUUCUCUCUCCCUCCCCCACCCACUACACACAUCAUGUAGUUUAAGCUGAAGAUGUUUGUUACAAUCACUGUCUGUCUGCGGGGGGUGGCCCUGCUGCUCCUCAGAAUCCUGGUGCCUUGAAGUUUUCCAUGCAUCUUUCCAUCCGCCCUGCAGCCCUGACCGGAGCUCAGCAUGGGUGCGGGGGUUCUGGUGGGUCGGCCACACUCCCGUCUUCUGGCCUGGUCUUCCCAGCCCCUAACCCUGCCCCAGGUAACCCCCACCCUCACAUGUUCUGGACCCUCUACAUGUGAGUAGCCAUGGACUGCAGGGCCCAGGACCACUGCCCUUCAUUUCACCCCUUCCCCAGCCCAGGGGCACAGAGGCAAGGCCUCCUGUCUGCAGCACCUCCCUCAGUUUACUACUGCCGUAGGAGGUCCCUGCUUGUGCUCAGGGAAGUCUCCUGCUGGGUGGGUAGAGGCUCAGUCCCAACUCUGCCAAGCCUCUCUAGGAUCAGGGUCUAGCCCAGUUGGGGACAGGAAAGUAUGCAGACCCUCUUCCUGCUUGGGCUCCAUCCUGAGUAUCUACUGGGCAAUGCCGUGUACACAGUCGACUGCUAGCCAGACCCCACACCCCUUGUGCCAUUUUCUUCCUGGCUAGAGUGAUAGGUUUCCAACCAUGGGGAAGCCGCCCAGUCCUGUCUCCUUGCUGCAGUGGAGGCGGAAGAGCCCAGGGCCCAAAUGUCCUGGCAAGGGUGCUUGGCUGCCCUACGCUCCCAGCCCCUCACCCCAGCCGUGCCCCAGCCUGUGUAGCUGUUUCUGCAUGUGGAUGCUGCAUGUCUGGUCUGGGGCUUGGAUUCUACACUGCCCCACUGCCUGUCCCUUCUGGUAUAAUAAAGAUCUCUUAUGCCUAA